CAAGGCAAGAUUUGUGGCUUGGUGGAUUCAACCAGACUUGAGUCCGAUGCUGAAGUCCUGGAUUACGCAAGCCCUUUCCGGCUGUGACGAUUGCAGCCCUCCAGGCGACUUGGAGUCCGGAGUCGGUGCACCUGGCGAUUUUGGAUAUUCCCAAGUUCAGAAGCAGCCUGGGUAUUUGCAUACCUACCGGGACUUGUGUGGCGUGGCUCACGUCAGGUUGCUCGAUGCCCUCACUGCUGGGAUCAGAAAGUACUUGGAACGCAUGUUCGGUGAGUCCCUUCCAAGUGCCCAUGUUUCAGCUGGUUUUCACUAUCCAGUUCGACCACAAUACAGCACCUUGCACUUGCAGAUCAGAGUGAACUCAGGCAAUGUGUGUCCAGGCGAAGGGCGAGGAGUGGAUUUGUUCAGGUUGCACCAUCGGCUCAAGUUGGACCCUACGUGUUUUCAACGAGAUGAUGAGGAGCUCUCAUACGAGG